UUCCCAUCUCUCUCCCUCCUGUAUUCAUUUUCUCUUCAUCUAAACAGUACCUUUUUUUUUUUUAACUUUUUCUUUCUCUAAAAAUCUCUCUGUUUUCUUGGAGUUUUUUCUGAUUUUUAUUACAAUCCGAAUAGGGUUUUUCUAUAUUCCGAUGAUCGGAUGGGGAGAAUCUUUCCCCUUUAUCUUUUCCUCCUCUCUUACUGUGGAUGGGAGAAGAAGGAAAAUAACUAGGGUUUUUCCUGUUCUAAUUUGUUUAUACAGACAGAGGUCAGAUUAGAGUCAGAUUCUUCCUUAAUUCUUUUCAAUCACGUAAGUGUUUUAUGUUAUAGCCAAUGGAAUCAAGCCACCUAUGAAAACAGACCCCUUUUCUCUCUUCCUCCUCUCUUCUUUUAUUUUUAUUUUUUUAUUUUUUUAUUAUACAAACCCCAUUUGGGUUUUGGGGUUAUAAAUGAUGUUUAAGUUAAGGUCUGUGCAUGGAUUGAUUGACUGACAGUCGUUGUUUGCUGGUGUAGCACCAUCAAGAUUCACAUAAGCAAAAUUCAGGGUGUGAUUCUUCUCUUUCCCUGAUUUUAGUGAAAGUGAGAAUCUUGAUGAUGCUGCAUCGGCCAUAAACGAUUAUUUCCGAAGAAAAGCCUCGUCCCUGUCUUAAUUCUAGAGUGCAGACACAGUUCUGUUGCCGUCAGGUGGGUAUGUAUGCAGUUUUCUCUUUCUUUAUGUAUUCUUUUGACCCAUCAUAGGGGAUGAUUAUAGCAUCUGGUGUGGGGGGCCAUUUUUCCUAUACAAAAAGGAAAAAAAAAAUCUCAUUUCUUUGCAGAUCAAACAUAUAUAUACUACAUAUUGCAAAGAAGAUGAUAUAAAGAUAAGAUUUUUCC